CAUUUACACAUAUCACAAAACUUAUAAAUAGAAAGAAGCAGUACCGGAGAACACAAGUUUUGCGGUACGACCAAGUUCAACAACAACCACGAACCAUGGCACCAAACGAUAACCUCACAGCUGUGCUCUACGGAAUUAACGAUUUACGACUGGAGCAAAGACCUGUCCCAGUACCCAAAGAUGAUCAGGUACUUCUACAGAUGGAAGUGGUUGGAAUAUGUGGAUCCGAUGUCCAUUAUCUAGUCAAUGGAAGAAUUGGUCCGUUUGUCGUUGAGAAACCCAUGAUAAUAGGUCAUGAAGCAUCUGGUACAGUUAUCAAAGUUGGAAAAAACGUCAAACAUCUUCAACCUGGUGACAAAGUAGCUAUUGAACCUGGCGUACCUUGUAGAGUGUGUAAUUAUUGUAAGCUUGGAAGCUACAACUUAUGCGCUGAUAUCUUCUUCUGUGCUACACCACCAGAUGAUGGAAACUUAUCCAGAUACUAUGUUCACGCAGCUGAUUUUUGUUACAAAUUGCCUCCAAAUAUGGACUUGGAAGACGGUGCUCUUAUGGAACCUCUUUCAGUUGGUGUUCACGCAACUAAGAGAGGUAAGGUUCAAGUUGGAGACGUAGUUCUUAUAUUGGGAGCUGGACCUAUUGGACUAGUAACACUCCUUUCCGCAAAAGCCAUGGGAGCUUCAAAAAUCAUCAUUACAGAUAUCUUGGACAUCAAACUACAAAAAGCCAAAGAAUUGGGCGCACAUUAUACAAUCAAAGUUGAAAGAGGAUGGCAAGAAGAUGAUAUUGUUGAAAAGAUUAAGACACUUCUCGGAGAAGAACCCAACAAAACAUUUGAUUGUUCCGGAAUUGAGCAAAACAUCCGAAUUGCACUUAAGGUUACAAAAAGUAAAGGAGUGGUAGUAUUAGUGGGAAUGGGUCAAUUUGAACAAAAAUUGCCCCUAGCUGCCGCCAUCUUCAGAGAAGUUGAUAUUAGAGGCGUAUUUAGAUAUUGCAAUGACUAUCCUACGGCUAUCGACAUGGUGGCAUCUGGAAAAAUUAGCGUCAAACCUCUGAUCACUCAUCACUAUCGUAUUGAGGAUUCCCUUAAAGCAUUCCAUACAGCUAAAACUCAAGAAGGAAACCCAAUUAAAAUUUUAAUCCACGCAAAUCCCAACUGGAAACCAAGUUAAAAUAUUUUUAACUGUGUAUUUAUACGAAAGCAUGUACAAAGUAAUUUUAUAAUAAAUUCCAAUUUAUAUUAUUCUUAAAGUAGAAUGUCUGUACAUAUAAAAUGCGUUUUGUAUUUGUUCUAUGGAUACAGAUUUGAAGUUUAUAUGUAUAUUAUUACAUGUUAGAAUAGAAAAAAAUAGAUGAGAAUAAGUGUAUA